UCAUGGGGAGCAGGGACAAAGGAGAGAGAAAUGUUCUUGUGCCACGUCUGGACUUGUUUCUUUUAUAAUAUUUCUCAUGAUCUUUAGAUGGACAGAAGCCAUUUGCCGUUUUGUUUGUAUUAAGAUGGUGAAAAUGGGUUGGAACAAAAAGACACGCUAUGCAAGACAAAGUUGUUUGCUGUUUCAUAAGUCUGUGUUACUGCAAGAAGACUCUCUUGUAUCUUGAAGAAUUCCACAAAAGUGCAGAUUCCUCUCGCAGACCGAAUUACCUUGGGCACAGUACUUGGAGACUGUGGUGAAACGGUAGAGCACAGCUCAACAGGAAAGGUGGUGUUAAGACAUCAUGGCUUUGGUAUUUGAUGCUCUGGGCAAAGACUUGCAAGACCAGGAAAAGAAAAUUACCUGAGAAAAUGGCCAAAAUGGAGGUCAAGACGUCACUUUUAGAUGACAUGAUAGGGGUGGGAGAUAUGGUUCUUUUAGAGCCACUUAAUGAAGAUUCGUUCAUCGAUAAUCUGAAAAAGCGCUUUGAUCACAGUGAAGUAUAUACGUACAUUGGCAGUGUGGUGAUAUCAAUAAACCCCUACAGACCUCUACCCAUUUAUACUCCAGAGAAAGUUGAAGAAUACAGAAACCGAAACUUUUAUGAGCUCAGCCCCCACAUCUUUGCUCUGUCAGAUGAAGCAUACAGAUCUUUAAGGGACCAGGACAAAGACCAGUGUAUUCUUAUUACAGGAGAGAGUGGAGCUGGUAAAACAGAGGCAAGCAAACUUGUCAUGUCAUAUGUAGCUGCAGUGUGUGGCAAGGGGGCAGAGGUUAACCAGGUAAAAGAACAACUUCUGCAGUCAAAUCCAGUUCUUGAAGCUUUUGGAAAUGCCAAAACAGUGAGGAAUGACAACUCCUCUAGAUUUGGAAAAUACAUGGAUAUUGAGUUUGAUUUCAAGGGUGAUCCACUUGGAGGAGUUAUAAGUAACUAUCUGCUAGAGAAGUCCCGGGUUGUUAAGCAGCCAAGAGGUGAAAGAAACUUUCAUAUUUUCUAUCAGAUAUUGUCUGGUGCAUCAGAAGACUUCCUCUGCAAACUCAAGCUGGAGCGGGACUUCAGCAGAUACAACUACCUGGGCCUUGACUCUGCCAGAGUAAAUGGGGUGGAUGAUGCUGCAAACUUCAGAACAGUUAGGAAUGCCAUGCAGAUUGUUGGUUUUAUGGAUCAUGAAACUCAGUCUGUUUUUGAAGUGGUGGCAGCAGUUUUAAAAUUGGGAAAUAUUGAAUUUAAGCCUGAAUCUCGUGUCAAUGGCUUAGAUGAAAGUAAAAUCAAAGAUAAAAAUGAGCUCAAGGAAAUCUGCGAGUUGACAGGUAUAGACCAGUCGGUACUGGAGAGAGCUUUCAGCUUCCGGACAGUUGAAGCCAAGCAAGAAAAAGUUUCAACAACACUGAAUGUGGCUCAGGCUUAUUAUGCCCGUGAUGCUCUGGCUAAGAAUUUAUACAGUCGGCUCUUUUCUUGGCUUGUUACCAGAAUCAAUGAGAGCAUUAAGGCACAAACUAAAGUGAGAAAGAAGGUAAUGGGUGUGCUGGACAUCUAUGGCUUUGAAAUUUUUGAGGACAACAGCUUUGAGCAAUUCAUUAUCAACUACUGUAAUGAGAAGCUGCAGCAGAUCUUCAUUGAACUUACCCUCAAAGAAGAGCAGGAGGAGUACAUCCGAGAGGGAAUUGAGUGGACUCAUAUUGAGUAUUUCAACAACGCUAUAAUUUGUGACCUAAUAGAAAAUAACCAAACUGGAAUUCUGGCCAUGCUAGACGAGGAGUGCCUGAGACCGGGAACUGUUACUGAUGACACCUUUUUAGAAAAGCUGAACCAAGUCUGUGCCACUCACCAGCAUUUUGAGAGCAGGAUGAGCAAGUGCUCCCGGUUCCUCAAUGACACCUCCUUGCCUCACAGCUGCUUCAGGAUUCAGCAUUAUGCUGGCAAGGUUAUGUACCAGGUGGAAGGAUUUGUUGACAAAAAUAACGAUCUUCUGUACCGUGACCUCUCCCAGGCCAUGUGGAAGGCCAGUCACGCUCUUAUCAAAGCGUUGUUCCCCGAAGGUAACCCCGCCAAGAUCAAUCUAAAGAGACCACCGACGGCAGGGUCACAGUUCAAGGCAUCGGUAGCUACCUUGAUGAAGAAUCUUCAGACAAAAAAUCCAAACUACAUUAGGUGCAUCAAACCCAAUGACAAGAAGGCUGCCCACAUUUUCAAUGAUGCCCUGGUGUGCCACCAGAUCCGCUACCUCGGUCUUCUGGAGAAUGUCCGGGUCAGGAGGGCAGGUUAUGCAUUCAGGCAGGCAUAUGAGCCGUGCCUGGAAAGGUACAAAAUGCUCUGUAAGCAGACUUGGCCCCACUGGAGAGGGCCAGCCAGGGCUGGUGUAGAGGUAUUGUUUAACGAACUGGAAAUCCCUGAAGAAGAAUUUUCAUUUGGUAGAUCAAAGAUAUUCAUCCGCAACCCAAGAACGCUCUUCAAACUAGAAGAUUUGAGAAAGCAGCGAUUGGAGGACCUGGCUACUCUCAUCGAGAAAAUUUACAGAGGUUGGAAGUGUCGCACACGCUUCUUGUUAAUGAAAAAAAGCCAGAUUGUGAUUGCUGCCUGGUACAGGAGAUAUGCACAACAAAAGAAGUAUCAGAAGAUAAAGAGUUCAGCUAUUAUAGUACAAUCUUACAUCAGAGGGUGGAAGGCUCGGAAACUUCUUCGGGAGCUUAAGCAUCAGAAGCGUUGUAAUGAGGCUGCCACAAUAAUUGCCGCUUACUGGCAUGGUACCCAGGCACGAAGGGAACUGAGACGACUGAAGGAGGAGGCUAGAAAUAAACAUUCUAUUGCUGUUAUUUGGGCUUACUGGCUUGGAUAUAAGGCUCGAAGGGAAUUGAAACGCUUGAAGGAAGAGGCUAGGCGUAAGCAUGCUGUUGCAGUCAUUUGGGCUUACUGGCUUGGACUGAAGGUCCGUAGAGAGUACAGGAAAUUCUUCAGAGCCAAUGCUGGAAGAAAAAUUUAUGAAUUCACCCUUCAGAGACUUAUGCAGAAAUACUUCUUGGAAAUGAAGAAUAAGAUGCCUUCUUUAUCGCCAAUAGAUAAAAACUGGCCAGCGAGACCUUACCUUUUCUUGGAUUCAACUCACAAGGAACUAAAGAGGAUUUUCCAUUUGUGGAGGUGUAAGAAGUACAGAGACCAGUUCACCGAUCAACAGAAGCUUAUAUAUGAAGAAAAACUGGAAGCAAGUGAACUUUUCAAGGACAAGAAGGCUUUAUAUCCAGCCAGUGUUGGGCAGCCGUUUCAAGGGGCUUACCUGGAGAUCAGCAAGAACCCCAAGUACAAAAAACUUAAGGAUGCUGUGGAUGAGAAGAUCAUUAUUGCUGAAGUUGUGAAUAAGAUCAAUAGAGCUAAUGGGAAGGCUACAUCCAGGAUUUUCUUAUUAACCAAAAAUAAUGUUCUCCUUGCGGAUCAGAAGUCUGGGAAUAUCAAGUCAGAGGUUCCACUGGGAGAUGUUACCAAAGUGUCCAUGAGCUCCCAAAAUGAUGGCUUCUUUGCAGUGCACCUCAAGGAGGGUUCAGGAGCAGCUGUUAAAGGGGAUUUUCUGUUGAGCAGUGAUCACCUUAUUGAAAUGGCCACUAAACUUUACCGCACUACUCUCAGCCAAACCAAGCAGAAGCUCAACAUUGAGAUUUCUGAUGAGUUUCUGGUCCAGUUCAGACAAGACAAAGUGUGUGUGAAGUUCAUACAAGGCAGCCAGAAAAAUGGCAACAUCCCAACUUGCAAACGAAAAAAACAAUCGGCUUCUUGAAGUGGCUGUCCCGUAACUGCAGCUGGUGCCUCUCCCUUUCAUGGACUUGUUUCUUUGUAAUAGUGCAAUUUUAGUUUGGUUUUGCUGGUUUUACCCCUUUCUAGAGCUGUUGAUGGCUAAUAGCUUUGGAAACCCUUGGCAAAACAUUUGAUCAGUUGACUUUUUAACCGUUUCUUUUGUGCCAUAGUUUUAACCUUCAACACGCAGAUUUUUACCCAGUGGGGCAUUUUUACCAGUUGGCAAGUUUUCUGUCAUACAUGAAUCAUUCUCUUUGUUUAGUGGCCAUAUUUUACUGCAGCAUACCAUAAACCCACAUAUUAAUGGUAAAUUACUCAUAUUCCUUAGUCUAGAGAUCCACUUAACAGAAACUAUAUGUGACCUUGAUGCUUAGUGGCAACUUGUGCCCUAUGUCUUUUUAUGCCAGCCUACCUGCUCUGGUGCUCUGACGUGCUCCUCCUUUGCUGGAGAGACUGGCAGAGCUGAGACUGAGACACUAACCAUUGUAGUUAACUCUAGGACGUACGUAACUUGAUCCUUUAGUAAAUACAGCACGGGAACACCUAAUUCUGCAAAACAGAAGGAACAUAUGAUUGUACAAGCAGUUGUAUGGAUAAAUUUUUAAUUAAAAAAAAUGUGGAAAUUUUGAAACGGGAUUUUUAAUUGGGUCAGAUAUUUUUAAUAACUUUAUAAAGUAGAAAUAAGAAUAAAUUUAAAGAAGCUUAUUUCAUUCACAAAAGAUAUACAGUUUAAAGCAUAUUUUCUGUUCUGCUUUUUUCUUUAAAUUAUCAGUUAAGAUUAGAGCCUGAAAAAUGCAGUAGUAUUCAUAACACAAGUAACUGCUAGUUAUUUAAACCGUUAGUUAUCAAGCGAAGGGUUUGAGCCUUUCUUUUAGAUAUUGGCAUGUACAAUGUGCAAUAAAACAUACAUGACAUUUUGUGAAAAAUUAUUUAUAAUACAUUUUUGUGUGCAAGAGAGAGGAUUGGUGCAGCCUGCACAGACAACGUAGCGGUUGAAAUAGAUUUGUGUUGUUAAUUUGCAGUUUUUUAGAGUGUACACUACAGUUGUCAAUUUGGGAAGAAUACUUCAAAUUAAAAAUUCCUGAAUUUGGGGGUCUGUAUAUAAAUUGGUAUUAUGGUAAUAAAACUGUUUUAAUUCUGUGCUGUUUGGUACUCCUAUGUUAUAACCAUAUUUUUGUACUCCAAACUAUUUUAUAUAACUCGUGUGCCUGAUGUAAAUGUGUGCACAGAAAAUACAAUCCAAGAGCUGCAUUAUAAACUUUCAUUGUAACUGAUUGCACUUAAUCUUUUAUAAACCAGAAGCAUUAGUUGAAAUCCUUAAGAGGAGCUGCAUUUUUAAGACAGAAGUAACUACUCACGUGAAGGGGUUGCUGAAUGUGUUUGCUUUGUUGAUGCAAGGACAGCUGAGAAACCAUUGUGUUUUUGCAGUCUGAUAUAAGACAGAUGAAGACCCUGGGUACUUGAUGUGCAGUGCUGGAAGUCCAAGCAUAAAUAAAGAAAAGAUAAAGAAAA